AUGGCUACUUCGACUGCAUCCGACAAACUCGCGCUGAUCAAAGAGAAUCUCUCUGAGGUGCUUAAUGUAGAGAUUAUUGAGUCUGUGUUGGCCGAGGGUCGGCCCCUCAAAGUUUAUUGGGGAACCGCUCCAACGGGUCAAAUCCACUGUGGAUACUUCGUGCCCAUGAUUAAGAUCGCGCAACUCCUCGCCGCGGGCUGCGAAAUACAGUGUCUACUCGCCGACAUCCACGGGUUUCUAGACAACCUCAAAGCUCCUCUCGAUCUCGUACAGCAACGUGCUGAAUAUUAUCGACUCACAAUCUCGGCCAUGCUUGAAUCAAUAGGCGUACCGACCGAAAAACUGCGUUUUGUUCUCGGAAGCUCCUACCAAAAGAAUCCCGAAUAUAUUAUGGAUGUAUACAAGCUCAGCUCCUUGAUCACAGAGCAUGACGCACGCAAGGCAGGCGCAGAAAUCGUGAAGCAGUCGAGUAACGCACCAUUGAGUGGCCUUCUGUAUCCCAUCCUCCAAGUCUUGGAUGAACAAUAUUUGGACGUUGAUGUUCAGUUCGGAGGCAAGACGAUUGAUCCAGUUUCCAUAUACUCACCAUGGCGUCGUGCACAUUUACUCUCCUUCAUGGUACCGGGAAUUAAUGGAGGCAAAAUGAGUUCGAGUGACCCAGAUAGCAAAAUCGAUAUUUUGGAUUCCGCCGAGGUGGUUGCCAAGAAGAUACGAAAAUCUCUCGCCGUCCCUCGAAUCGUCGAAGAAAAUGGACUUCUGGCCUUUGUUGAAUUCGUUCUACUCCCGGCCGCAGCUCUAAAAGGACGUCGAGAAUUUGUGGUUGACCGCAGUCGGGAUGGUCUGGAGCCGCUGGUGUACUCUAACAUCGAAGAAGUACAGAAUGAUUACAGGAAUGACGUGCUGAACCCUCAACUACUAAAGCCAGCGAUUACCCAGGCUCUCCUCGCCAUUCUUGCCCCUAUACAAGCCAAGUACCAGGAAUCAAAGGAAUGGCAGGAAAUCACUUUAAAAGCAUACCCCCCGGUUGAAAAGCCGAAGAAAGAAAAGAAGGCGAAGAAGGUGGGCACCGGUCAUCCUGGGCGCCCGAAAACGCAGAUACCUGAACACAUAAAAGCCGCAAAAGCCGAGGUGUAA